AAGCGCUCUACUCUUCCGGUGUUUGGGGUCAUUGUGACAAUGCUUCUCACACGGAGUCCAAUAUCGUGUAUACCGAUGGAGUUAGUGGACAGUUUACUACAUGGACGCGUAUAACGUUGCCAACGUCUUUGGAAAUUUAACAAGGUCACUUGUUUUAAAUACCAGAGACCAGCACAAAAGAGUUUGGAUAUUGGACUCAACCUGAACAUGUCAAACCCACCGCCGGUACCGGAGAAGUCGAGUCCGGUCACACCGCAGGCGACAAAGAAAGCCCUGCUCGGGGACUGCUGGAGCUGUCGGAUCCUCUCCGGCCUUGGGCUGCUGGCUUCUGCGGCAUAUGUGGGCAUGCACGGGCGGAGGGCCAUGAGUCCAGGCGGACCCCCGUCUUUGGGCAUAGCGGUUCAGUUUACGUUUGCAGCAGGUUUGGCUGCCUGGGGCAUAGUGGUGAUCACUGAUCCAGUGGGGAGGUGCACAAAAGUAGCAUAGCUUGCAUUUGGACUUUUGAGUGAAUAACCAGAGCCACACUGGCAGAGUUAUGAAAUUCAAAUAAUGAUGAGAAUGUGAUAUUUCAAUAAAUGUUUUUAUUUGCAA